AUGAGGUGUGCGCGAAUCCCCACCCUUUUCGCUACGGAUGACCUCCUCGUGGUCGCGUUCGAACAGCUUCGCAGGGAUAAAUGUACACUUGGCGUCGUCCACGAGGCUUUUAGCGUCGGCAGAACGAGACCGUCGCUCGUGUUAGUCGUGCUUGAUCAGUGGAACGGAAUUUCGUACGACCGCGACGACGACGACGAAAAGUUGUUGCGCGCACCCGCGAUCGAUCGAACGACGAUUGUAGAUGGUUUUUAUCGAGGAUUGAAACAAAUUCGACUUUCAUGGAGCUCGCCUUCGGUGGAACUGGCGGGAUGUUGGACUGCGUCAGUGGCAGCUUUAUAAGAUGGACAGCAUUCGUACUCUGCCUGUUAUCGGCAGUUUCCGGUCAAUUGGACCUGCCGCCGUACAGGAACGAAGAUACUGGCCGACAACUGCCGCCGUACAGGAACGACGAUACUGGCCGACAGUUGCCGCCGUACAGGAACGACGAUACUGGCCGACAGUUGCCGCCGUACAGGGACGACGAUGUUGGCCGACAACUGCCACCCAAUGAAUUAAAUUAUCAGAAUAUCCUAGCCAGAUUAGACUUCCUCGGCGCAGAGAGAUGUAGCGCUAAUGUAGUAGCGCAGUGGGCAUACGAAACCAACGUGAACGAGUACACGCAGCUACAAGCGCUGGAUGCCCAACGCUUGUACGCGGACUUUCAAUACCAAGCAUGGCUUUUAAUCUCGAGAAUCGACAUAAAUUCCGUUCGAAAUCCCAUCAUCAGACGACGACUCCGUUAUUUGGGCGCGGUGGGCCCUUCAGCACUGCCACCUGAUCAACUAGACAGGUACAAUCGUCUAAUCAACGACAUGCUUGCGAUUUAUAACGCGGCGACCAUAUGCGCUUACAACGAUCCGUUCCGGUGCGGGCUGCGUUUAUAUCCAGAUAUAUCGCAAAUCAUGGCGAGAAGUCGGGACUGGGACGAACUGCAGUACGUCUGGACCGAAUGGAGAAGACGAAGUGGCAGACCGAUUAGGGAUCUGUAUCAACAACUAGUUACGCUAACCAAUGAUGCUGCAAGAAUGAAUAACUUCACUGAUGCCGCCGAAUAUUGGAUGUUCCCUUAUGAAUCACCUAAUUUCCAACAGGACGUUGACGAGGCUUGGGAAACGAUACGUCCGCUUUAUGAAGAACUGCACGCUUAUGUUCGCAGAAAGCUGAGAGAUCUCUAUGGUCCUGAAAAAAUCGGCGGACACGCGCCUCUUCCGUCUCACAUCCUCGGUAACAUAUGGGCACAGUCUUGGACCAAUCUUUUGGAUGUUACUUUACCGUAUCCAGGUAAAACAUACCCCGACGUCACGCAGGAAAUGCGGGCUCAAGGCUACACACCCAUUGACAUGAUUCGGGUGGCCGAGGAAUUCUAUCUGUCCUUGAACUUGAGCGCACUGCCGCCGGAAUUCUGGGCCGGAAGUGUAAUCGCCGAUCCUGGCGACCGCCCAUUAAUUUGCCAGGCGUCCGCAUGGGACUUUUGCAAUCGCAUAGAUUACAGAAUCAAAAUGUGUACAAAGGUGACGAUGAAGGAUUUAAUAACUUUACAUCACGAGAUGGCACACAUUCAGUAUUUCUUGCGGUACAGCGGUCUACCUCGUGAAUUUCGCGACGGCGCUAAUCCAGGCUUCCACGAGGCGGUCGGCGAAGCCGUCGCCUUGAGCGUCGCGACGCCGCAGCAUCUGCAAACUCUGGGCUUGGCGAACACGUAUAUCGACGAGCGCUCCGCGGACAUCAACUACCUCUUCUCCCUGGCGAUGGACAAACUGGUGCUGCUGCCCUUCAGCAUCGCGAUGGACAGGUGGCGGUGGGACGUCUUCCGCGGCUACGUCAACAAGGAGGAGUACAAUUGUCACUGGCACCGGCUGAAGGAGCAGUACACGGGCACGAAGCCGCCGGUCCUGCGCUCCGAGGACGACUUCGAUCCGGGCGCAAAGUAUCACAUCCCGGCCAAUAUUCCCUACAUACGGAAUUUCGUGGCCGGGGUCCUCCAGUUCCAGCUGUAUCGCGCGCUGUGCCAGGCCGCGGGACAGAGAUACGGAAUCGACAAUCCGAACAGGCCGCUGCACAGAUGCGACUUCUACAGAAAGCCCGAGGCCGGCAGGAUCUUGGGGAGAUUGAUGGAGAGGGGCUCGUCCAUCCCAUGGCAGGAAACGCUGGGAGAAGCCACUAACGGCGAGUUCAGAUUAGACGGAUCCGCUCUUAGGGAGUACUUCCGGCCAUUAGAGGACUGGUUGAGGACCGAGAAUUUGAGGACGGGCGAAGUUGUCGGCUGGUCGUACGACGGAGACUUUUGCAAGAGGAGCAUAGAGACCGCGGGCCUGCAGGUUUACGGUAGCGGCUUCUACUACAACAGCGGCAGAGCCGUCUCCGCGUCUUGGAUCGCGACGGGAACCGUGUUGAUCCUUUGGAUCGUAUCAACGCUCUAUUGAACGCAACGAGAGCCAGCCCGAUUCAUCAUCGAGCAUUGAUAACAAUAAAUUAAAGGAGACACCGUUAAUCUGCCAAAAUAUAGACCAAACCAUAUUCCUGUAAAAUUACCGGAUAAAAUCUCAUAUAGACGCAAAAAUAGUUAAAUUAUGCGCUGGAAUGUAUCAGGUUGAUUAACGGCAAGAAAUAAUCGUUACUGCCAAGCAACCAAUAUACAAGGUAUACUAAAGUACACUCUUGUCAAGCGUCGAGCUACAUGCUUUACGCGAUGUAAAAUAAUGUCGCACUGUCAAUUUAUUUACGAACUCGUUAUCACGUAGUCCCUGUAUAAUUGUAAUACUAUUAAUAUAUUAUAUACGUGUUUAUACUAUACAUUAUACGUAUCAUACGAUACGUCAUGCUGUAAUAUUACACGCAGUAUUACGAUUAAGAAUAUAAAGCGUGCCUGGAAAAUCGUCGUAUAUAUGUGUCGUGCGUGGGUGGUGUAAAGUGCAUAAAUCAUUUCAUAUACUU